AUGCCGGCGACCCUGGGCUCCAGGAUCCAUCCCCCCGGCUUCCCGGGGCCUGUCCUACCCGCCAGUCACACCCGGGGCGUCGGAGAGCAGAGAAGAGGGCAGGUGCUGGCUCUGGUGCUGGUGGCAGCUCUGUGGGGCGGCACGCAGCCAUUGCUGAAGCGGGCCUCCUCCCGCCUGCGGCAGGUUCAUGAGCGGACCUGGGCCCGGCAGUUGCUGCAGGAAAUGAAAACCCUCUUCUUGAAUCCCGAGUACCUGAUGCCCUUUUCUCUCAACCAGUGUGGUUCCCUUCUCUAUUACCUCACCUUGGCAUCAACAGAUCUGACCCUAGCUGUGCCCAUCAGUAACUCUCUGGCCAUCAUCUUUACACUGAUUGUUGGGAAGGUCCUUGGAGAAGAUAUUGGUGGAAAACGAGCAUAUGCUGGCAUGGUGCUCACCGUGGCAGGAAUUACACUCUGCAUCACAAGCUCAGUGACCAAGACGCAAGGGCAACCGUCUGCACUUUGA